CGCAUGUGCUCCGCGGGAAGAGCUAUUUGGAGGAGAGCCGUAACUUUUUUGGCGCCCGACUGUCGACGGAUUCGUUUUUUCGCCGGCGGCACGCGUUUAGUCUGUGCCGCGAUUACUCCCGUAAACUCGUCUACCGAUCGUCCGCGUGUCCUCUCCGUGCCAAUAUGCCACCAUGUAAUAUUUUUAAUAUUUGUCUCACGAACACGACUCGUCCGUAUUUAUAGAUGGUUUAUCGAUUUGAUUUUUCCGUUCGUUUCUAUAUUUUGCGUGACGCGUAAGAAUUUUUGGACGGAAUAUGCUAUUGUUUAGCGGUUGAAAAGAAAACACGUUGUCAAAGUGACUUGAAAUAAUUUCAAGACAAUUAUAGGGAGCUGUAAUGGUAUUCAAAUAAUUUAAUAUCUAUACGAUUAAAUUCUACGCAUAUUGAUAUUGAUGCGAUGAAAUUCAAGCGUAAGGAGUCUUAUUCCACGUAUUUUUGCGAACGCCGUCAUCGCAUAAACGCGUCGCCCGUUUCCCGAGGAUUAUAGGUAUACAACCAGGGCAUAGACGUACGUCAUAUAACGUAAUUUAUAUCUUUCACAGAUCCCUACUUGCCGUUGUAGAUGGACGUGUUCAAGGCGCAGUAUCGACAAUACAUCUGACAUGAACAAUACGACGAGUGGAUCAUACAUGGUCCAGCUCGACGACACCGCAAACGAAACAGUAGAGAGUUAUUUGCUCCGAACUCGAGGGCCCAAACACCUUUCGCUGAACAUCGUGUUGCCAAUCACUGUGAUCUAUGUAUUCAUAUUUGUCACCGGGGUGAUUGGCAAUAUCGCUGUUUGCGUAGUGAUUGUCCGCAACAACUUUAUGCACACGGCCACCAACUACUACCUAUUUAGCUUGGCUGUAUCCGAUCUUACACUAUUACUUCUAGGACUACCUAAUGAUCUCAGCGUAUACUGGCAACAGUAUCCAUGGCCGUUGGGUGAAGUUCUCUGUAAAUUUCGUGCUUUAGUUUCAGAAAUGACUUCAUACACGUCGGUGUUGACCAUCGUGGCAUUUUCGAUGGAAAGGUAUUUGGCUAUCUGUCAUCCCCUCCAUUCAUACGCCAUGUCCGGGUUGAAGAGAGCUGUCCGAAUAAUCGCAGUAGUGUGGGUGAUUUCGUUUUUUGCCGCACUGCCGUUCGCCAUGUUCACUACGGUAGACUAUGUGGAUUAUCCACCUGGGUCAGGAGAUCCAUUGUACGAGAGCGCGUUCUGCGCGAUGCUGGAUAAGAACGUGCCGACAGGAGUGCCUGUUUACGAGUUGAGCUCACUGCUGUUUUUCCUUGUACCGAUGAUGAUCAUCAUUGUGCUUUAUGUGCUCAUUGGGCUCCAGAUCAGACAGAGUUCUAGGCACUCGCUGGGAAAGCAAAUGCAGGGGAACGUUCACGGGGAGACCAAACAAAUUCAAUCGAAAAAGUCAAUAGUCAGGAUGCUAGCUGCUGUGGUCAUCGCGUUUUUCCUGUGCUGGGCGCCGUUCCACGCGCAGCGGUUACUCUACCUGUACGCCAAGGACUCGCCGUACUAUACGCAGGUCAACGAAUUGCUGUACACGAUCGCAGGUUGCUUCUAUUACUUCUCGUCGACGGUCAACCCAAUACUGUACAAUCUGAUGUCGAUGAAGUACAGGAGGGCGUUCCGGGAGACGCUGUGCGGGUACUCCGGCGACCGACGGAACCGCAUGUCCCGGGAACUGCAGUCGAGUUUCCGGGACACGACCGUGCCGCUGAACACGACGAUCAGCACCGCCGAGUGCAGCCGCAAGUCAGUAGUGCACCGGUCCACGAGGAACCUGCAGCAGACCGAACCACCGUAUAACCACCACCACCAGCAGCAUCAUCAUCAUUAUGCGGCUGCACCGUCGUCUGACGAUUGCAGUGUCGGCCGCCCGCCCGCGACGGCUUCCGACGUGCUGGUGAUGAUCUCACCGGUCAACGGCAAUGCGCAGUGCUACAAAACGUUGCUCAGAGUGACCGUGCAGGGCUCAGACAACAAGCCCGCCGCUACUUCUGCUGCGCAACACGGCAACUGCAACAGCAAACUGCAGCUGCAGGGCGGCAGUGAAACACAAACCGAAAACCAACAUUGCGCCGAAGUGGAGACUUGCAUUUAACGCGGAUUUGCAGGCGAAACCAGACGGAAAUCGUAAUAGAAUAUUGUGCGUGUACAUAUAAUAAGUGCAUGCUGUGCGUUACUCUUCUCGUUGUCGAAAACCUUUUAUGCAGGUCAGCGCGCUGCCCGUUUCCUCGUAAAAUAUAGUAUUAUUAUACGUAUAUUAGGUAGGUACACGAUGAUUCGACGCGCGAGCUCAUCCCAAUUUUUUUUUCGUUUUUAUUAAUGAAUUUAUUGAAUACAUUUUUGGAAUUUCAAAUUAUACUCAUGUAUUAUAGAAUCACAUUUUCAAAUAUUUAUAAAUUUUAUGCCAUUUAUAAGGAGUGUCUUGUGAUAGCGCGAUACUAACAUCUGUUUUUCAAAUCAAAACCACAAUUUUUACCAUAAACUUUUAAAUAAAUUAUUUUCUUUUUAAAACGUUGAUAUACAUAAAUCGAAAUUUGAACUAGUAGUUUGAAUUAUUAAACUUAAUGUACUAAGGAUAAAAAUUAUCAUAGGUUUAAAAAUAUGAAGGCUGUUUAUAUUUUAUGUAAAUCCGCUAGGAGACUCACUUCACUCGUCAAAUCCUCUUCAAUUCUUUUUUUUUAUAACUGAUAAUUUUUAAUUCUAAUAUACAAAAUCUGAAUGAAAAUAAUGUAAAUAUCAUAAACAUGAUUAACAUUUUAAAUAUAAUACACACAUUUACCGUAAUGACUCAUAAAAUUUAAUAUUUUUACUAUUAAUUAAGUACCUCACGACUUUUAUAUCGUGAAAAUCCAACGUAUAGCAAUUUACUAUGUGUCUAUGUGUAAAUAUUGUAAGAAUAUAAAAAUAACUCUAAUAUUGAUUUCCUAAACAUUGUUAUUUUAAUUAAGAAACUGCUCAUUCAAAUUUCGAUCAUGCAUCAAAGCUUAAAAAAACACAUGCUUAACAAUUAACAAGAGAAAAUGCUAGUAUAAAUUUGAAAAAAAAAGAAAUUGUUAUCGUCAUAUGACACUCUGAAUGAUAUUAUAACAUAUCCCAGUAUCUGAAAAUAUGAUUUUUAAGUAUUCUAAAAAAUUCCAAAUUUUAGAAUAUUUAACAAUGAAUUUUUAAAAGAGUAAGUAUACUUAGUACAUCACACUAUAUCUACUGAUAGGUUCUUUUAUCGAAUAAUACUCAUUUUCUUGAAAACACUAAUAGACUUUUUUUUUAAAGAAUCAACCAAUAUAGCUUACCAUCGUAACAAUACACAACCAAAAUUACAAAUAUUUCAUUAUAUUAAACCCAUGGUUAGUAGUUUUGGCAGUAAUCCUCUGAAAAAAAAUAACCCUUAGCCUGGAAAGUUAGCAAUAAAAAAAAAUUGAAAUAAUAACAAUUUUAAGUAACUGUAAAAAUAUCGUCACUGAUGCGCAUUAAACUUCGAUCGCAUCAAGUACCAACCUAUCUAUGCGUGGGUAUAGCGUGUAUAUAAAAAUAUAAAAAUUAUAAUAUGAUGUUAAAUAUACGGUUAUUGCAUUAAUUUGUUGAUUUCGAUUUUGCUAUGUACACCGCUCUUUUUUACAUUAGAUACACAAUAAUUACGUGCACUUCAAGCCACACUUCGACAUUUCAACAAUGUUUGUGUAUAAUAUAGUAUAUUAUUAUUAUUAUUAUUAUUAUUAUUAUUAUUUAUCGUUAUACACUUACACGUAAUAACUCGAUAACAUUCCAUCCAUAAUUAUAUAUUAAACUAAUUUUGUAGACAAUGUAUUCAUGCGUAUAUCAACAUCAGCUAUAUAUAAUAUUCUCCUACUUAAUUAAUUUCUCGUUAACCUUAUUGUUCAAUUUAGUAUAGUAUAUGUUGAUCAAUUCUGAACAAAAUAAAAAAUAUAUAUGUACAUGUGAAAUUACAAUUUUUCAUUAAACCAUUUGAAAAAAAAACACUCCAUUGAAAAACAAAUGCAUUAAUGCAUUAUAUUUUUAAUAUCAUAAUGAUUAUCUACUUUAAAUGUUGUUUUUGAUAUUUCAUUAAUUUGCCCAUUGAAAAAAUACGUAUAAUUAAACUUAACGCAGAAAAGCAUAUAUUUCCCACACCAUUUAUGCAUUUCAUCCUAAACUGUUCUCAAUAAUUUAUUUUUUUUCAGUUUAACAUAAAAAUAAUUAGGUACCUAAAAUUUCUAAAAAUUACUUUCAUUUAUAUUGUGUUCUUAAGCAAUAUUAAAAAAUAUAUCUUACAAAAUACAUUUAAAAUUUAAAUCCAACCCCCCAAAAUAACACCGAUGGAUAGUAUUUAAUAAGUAAUGACGUCAUAACACGUGUCCAUAUUAUUUAAAAUUAUAAUAUUGUAUUUAAAUAAUUGGUAAACAAACGUUUUUCUUAUAACAUUAAUAUCCAAAUAUUUCAAUUUGUUUUUCUUCGACACAAUAUGUUUUUGAAUUGAAAAAAUAUCAAUGAAAAUGUUUAACAAUAUCAACGUAUAGUCGAAUAGUCGUAGUUGGACGAUGUACCUAAGUUGUACGAAAUACUCGUAUAUAAACUACAAUAAUUGCUUAUAUUUAAUUAUUUUGAUUUUCUAUAUACCUUUACACAGGAUGUAACAGAAAGUUCCGAUAAAUGUAACUAACUAAUAUUGUAAUAAAGUUUGUUUCAAUCAAUAUUUUUAAAUUUUUAAAAAUUACAUAUUGAUUAUAAUAUAACUUUCAUCUUUCAGUUAUUUCUGUGCACUUUGUAUACACAUAACAUAUAAGAGAACACAUUUUAUAUAAUUAUAUAAAUGGUACAAAAUCUAAAAGUAUCGGUAAAUAUAUUUAAAAAAAAAAUACAUUUAAGUUAAUGUAAAUGUAAAUUAAUUAACUUAUUUCUAUAUACGCAGAGUAAUUCACCAAGCAUUAUUUCAUAUGUACCCGCAUCAUAUGCGGGAUCAGAUGAACUAGUGUUUAUAAUGAAAUUCAAAAGGGAAAGAAAACUAUGGGUCUAGUUUAAAACGUCAUAAACAGGAUGAUUCACCAACCAUACUCACUCAAAGGCUAUCCUUUAAUAAUGUAUUUAUUCAAAUUAUAUUUAUUUUUUUAAUUUUGAAGUAUAUUUACAUACCAUAUUUUUUAAGAACAUACAUUUUUUUAUGCCUUUUAAGAGUUAUUAUAGUGAUACAAAUGGACACCCUUUUUACUAUAAAUUGUUAAUUAGAUAUUAUUUUUUAAUCUUGAUGUGUCUAAAUUGAAAUUUAAACAAGUACUUUUUGAGUUAUUUAAUUGUAUAACGUAUAAAUAAUACUCUUUAUUCUUAAUGACUUAACAAUUUUAAUACAUAAAAUAUAAACUAGAUAUAAUAUUUAGUCUAGGAUUCUCAUAAGCUAUUACUUAUUAUACUUGGGCAAUUUUUACAAAUCAAAAAAUUAUAAUUUAUAACCGAUUUAUAUUAAAUACUAUUACUUUCCAAUCACCGUAGACCCCGUAUUUUCUUAAUCUAUUAUCCUUAUUUGUAUUUAGUUUAAUAAAUUGGAAAGUACUAAUUCAAAUUUCGAUUAAUACACAUCAAAAUUUUCAAAAAACAUCUUAUUAUAACAAUUUAUAAUAAAAAUGUGGGGUUGACUUUGAAAAAAUGUAAUUUGUUACACCACAGAACACUCUUUAUUAUUUGAAAAUACGGUACUUUAAAAUUCCAAAAAUUAGAAUUUUAAUAAAUAGUAGGUACACUGGUGCAGUUAUUGUUAUCAUUAUUAAUACUCGUAUUGCCUAUUAUUAUUUAUUUUAUUAGUCAUUUAAACUCGGUUGUAUUAAAAAUUAAUUUUCAUUCAUAUCAUCAUAAUUCUUAAGUUCUAUGAAUUUUAGUUCUUCGAAAAGAAAUUCAUCUUAUGAAUAUGACUUAUCUAAGGUUUUUUGACUCGAACGCAUAAUAAACAUUCCAUACUGUCCCACGUCCCGUUUCCAAUAAAAAGUUAAGCCACCACGCACACCAUAUGUAUACUAAAGGCUGAAUAUCUAUGGUCUUCUAUGUUCACACAACCGCACAAGGCAUAUGUAUAACAUAUCAUGUGUGUUCAUAUACGAAAAAUAAAUUUAAAUUCGCCAUCGGGCACCGAUAAAAUUUAUAAAAUGCAUUAUAAUAUGUGACUCUUUAAAAAUAUAUUAGUCUGCAUUGCAUACAAAUAAAUAUUUCUGUGUUAAAAUGUUUUAUAGGACGCGUCCAACAUAAACAUAUUAUUAAUCAUAUUUGGAAUUUUAUUAUAUCACACAAAUAUUACCAAUAAAUAAUUAUGAUAUAAUAUGAUAAAUAUAUAUCUACUAUAACGCAACGCUACACUUACAUUACAUUAAAGGGAAUUUUAAUUUAAAAAUGUAUCGUCAAUAAUAGGCAAUUACCGUACAAUUAUAUUUUAUAUAAAUACUGUGUGAAUACUAUUUAUUUAUUUUUACCAUUGUUUAAAUCUUCAUUAAAGCACAUACCAAUUACGAUACACUUUAUGCUUGUACA